CGCCCACCCCAGGCGCGCCCUUCAGCGGCUCCAUCUUGAGAGACGCUGGUCUGCGCCAGUGAGAAAUCUAGGGUCGGGUUCAGGCUUUGGCGUCACCCAACAGGGUGAACCAUGCAAAACAAGGACAGGAGGAAGACAAGAAGAUGGAAGAACUGUGGUCCAUAUAUAACAGACCAUUGUAACCAUGAAUGCUAUGUCGCCUACAUCACUGGCUUAUACAGCUUGGAGUGGGAAAUCAAACCAGAGAAGAGAAGUAGACAUGCACUCUGCUGCUGCUCUUUGAGAGAGCAGUUAUUUUACCCAUUUUUGGUUAUUGCAUUUUGCAUGUCUGUGGUUUUGCUGUUGGUGUGGAUAGAGACCGCAAAUGACUAUCAUGGCUUUGACUGGGUUGUUUAUCUAAUUACAAGAUACUGGUUCUUAUGGUCCCUUCUUUUGCUGAGUUUAUGUGGAAUCCUGGUUGCCUACUCUUCAUUGCUGUUGGUACUUGGAUUUCUGUUGAUUUGGGAAGGCUAUGAACUCUACCUGCACUGGUGUCAUAAGAUCCUGAUUGUGCUAGUGAUUGGGAUAUGCACGUUUUUUAUGACGGUUUUAUGCAAAUUCUGGCAAGACCGGUGGCUGACACUGGGGCUCUCACUGAAGAUCUUGGCUCCCUACAUACACCUGAGCAGCAUAACCAUGAUGGUUCUCCUUUCCUGGCCUGUGGCCUUCUACUUGGUCCAUUGGGAACAAGAAGCUAGAUUCAGAAGAAAGAAGAUUAUACAUCAAAGGAGAGAAACAGUCCAGAGAUAUGCUAGACUCACAAAGCUGAGAGCUGUACAAGUGGCUAUUGGAUUGCCAUUUUUUCUUAUCCUUUUCUGUCUCUUUGUGGUGCCAUUGGGGAUUCAUUCUCCCUGCCUUCAGGAGAAGGAUGAGUUGGGACCCAAGCCGGGCCUCUUUGGACAUAGAGGUGCACCCAUGCUGGGGCCUGAGAAUACCAUGAUGUCCUUUGAGAAAGCUGUUGAAAACGGGGCCUAUGGGCUGGAGACUGACGUAUACGUGAGUUGUGAUGGGGUGCCUUUCCUCAUGCAUGACUAUGACCUGAGAAGAACAACCAACAUCAUGGAGAUCAUGCCAAAUGCCUCCAACACAACAAGUCACCUCUUCUACUGGGAUUUCCUGUCAACUCUGAAUGCUGGCCGCUGGUUUCUACAACCACAUCUCAAACCAUUUCAUUAUAUGGAAACCUUAUCAGAAGCUGAUAGAGAAAAAGCAAGAAAUCAAAAGAUUCCAAAACUGGCUGAUUUAUUGGAACUUGCACAGAAGGAGAGAAAAUUUGUGAUAUUUGAUCUGAAUAAUCCUCCAAUAAAUCACCCUUUCAGAAAUACAUUUAUCCAACAAGUAGUACGUGUGAUCCUUGACUCUAAAAUUGAGCAACAUCUGAUUUAUUGGCUGCCAAGUAAUUAUAGGACAUAUGUCAAGUGGAAAGCCCCUGGUUUUCAGCAAGUGGGCCGGCUAUAUCCCAUUGAAGUACUUACAAGAGAAAAUAUCAGUAUAAUAAAUGUGGACUACAAGAGGUUGUUCUACAGCGGGUUGAGAGAUUAUAAAGCAGCUAACAUCACCAUCAACUUGUACAUUGUCAAUGAGCCGUGGCUCUUCUCACUGGCGUGGUGCUCCAGGAUUCACUCAGUGACCACAGACAACGUUCAGCUCCUGAGGCAGAUGCAUGUCCCUUACUACUUCAUGACACCAGGUUACUAUAUGUUCACGUGGCUUCUCCUGGACGUUGUUUCUUCUAUUUUUAUUGUUGCCAUAUUUUAUUUUCAUUGGUGGAGAGAGAGCCAAAAUGAAAAAGUCUUUGAAAGCACCCGCAGCUCCGCAGGUAACACCUGA